CACUCUUUCGAAGCCAGAAAGCGACAGAUAGGAGAGGGAUUCCGACCGUUACAAGUGAUGAAUGCAGCUAUUACAAUGCAACUCUCGGGGUUCUCGCACCGCCUGGCCCCUUCUACUACUCACCACCGGCCGUCUCUGGUUCUGGCGACCGCCAUUGCCGGUAGAAGCUCGAGCUCGCUUCCUUGUGCCAGGAAAUUCAAAUGCAUGUCUAUUUCGAGCUCUGGCUCCAGCUCAAGUUUGAACACCGCUACAGUAAAUGAUGAAACGAAGGCCAUGGACGCUUCGAAAAAUGGAAAUUUAAUUCCUCUGUACAGGUGCAUAUUCUCAGAACACCUUACACCAGUUCUUGCGUACCGCUGUUUGGUUAAAGAACAUGAUCGAGAGGCUCCAAGUUUUCUAUUUGAGUCAAUGGAGCCUGGUCUCCUGACUUCGACUGUGGGGCGUUACAGCGUGGUUGGGGCACAACCAACCAUAGAAAUUGUGGCAAAAGAAAACAAGGUUAUAGUGAUGGAUCAUGAUCAAGGGAGCUUGACUGAGGAGUUUGUUGAAGAUCCAAUGGUGAUUCCUAGAAGAAUUUCAGAGAGCUGGAAACCCAAAUUUAUCCAUGAGCUCCCAGAUGCUUUUUGUGGUGGAUGGGUAGGUUAUUUCUCAUAUGAUACAGUUCGAUAUGUGGAAAAGAAAAGGCUUCCGUUCUCCAAGGCACCAGCGGAUGACAGGAACCUUGUAGACAUUCAUCUAGGCCUCUAUAAGGAUGUGAUUGUGUUUGAUCAUGUGGAAAAGAGAGUUUAUGUCAUUCAUUGGGUGAGGCUAGAUCAAUACUCCUCUGUUGAAAUGGCUUAUGAUGAAGGAAUGAAACACUUGGACAAACUGGUUGCAAAAGUACAGAAUGUUGAUGUUCCUAAGCUAUCCUCAGGUUCCGUAAAUUUAUAUACUAGUCGGUUUGGUCCUUCUUUAAAGGAUUCAAACAUGACAAGUUCAGAAUAUAAGAAAGCUGUGCUACAAGCAAAAGAGCAUAUACUAGCAGGGGAUAUCUUCCAGAUUGUGUUGAGUCAGCGUUUUGAACGUCGAACUUUUGCUGACCCCUUUGAAAUAUAUAGGUCUUUGAGAAUUGUGAACCCAAGUUCGUAUAUGGUUUACAUGCAAGCUAGAGGAUGUAUUUUGGUUGCCUCAAGUCCAGAGAUCCUUACGCGAGUGAAGAAGAACAAGAUUGUGAAUAGACCAUUGGCUGGAACAGCCAGGAGAGGAAAGACAAGAGAGGAAGAUGAACUGCUGGAAAAACUGCUACUCAGUGAUGCAAAGCAAUGUGCGGAACACAUAAUGCUUGUUGAUUUGGGAAGAAAUGAUGUAGGAAAGGUAUCCAAGUAUGGUUCAGUAAAGGUGGAGAAGGUGAUGAAUGUUGAGCGAUAUUCCCAUGUAAUGCACCUCAGCUCCACGAUUACAGGUGAGCUGCAUGAUCAUCUCACUUCUUGGGAUGUCCUUCGUGCUGCACUACCUGUUGGAACUGUUAGUGGAGCACCAAAGGUUAAGGCAAUGGAGCUAAUUGAUGAGUUGGAGGUGAGCAGGCGAGGCCCUUAUAGUGGGGGAUUUGGUGGCAUUUCCUUUACCGGGGACAUGGACAUAGCAUUGGCCCUCAGGACCAUGGUAUUCCCAACUUCAACCCGGUACGACUCCAUGUAUUCUUACAAGGGUGCCAAUAUCCGUCAGGAAUGGAUAGCCCACCUUCAAGCUGGUGCUGGGAUUGUGGCUGACAGUAAUCCCGAUGACGAGCUCUUGGAGUGCCAGAACAAAGCUGCUGGCCUCGCUCGUGCCAUUGACCUGGCAGAGUUGGCAUUUCUCAACAAAUGAUGUUAUGGCUGUCAGGUAGGCUCUCCAAUAGCCCCUAACCAGAAGAAAUUGCCUUAUAUAUAUAUGUAUAUAUGCAUAUAUAUUUGUUUUUCAUUUUAUGGCCGUGGCAGGAAGAAAUCGCUUGGGUCAGGGAAAAGGUUGGAAAUGAUGUAAAAUAUGUGUCUCCUACAGUCCUGCUCUAAUGUUUUAAGAACAGGCUAAAAGCACCUGUUAAAAGAAAGUUUUAUAUCGUUACAGCGUUUUAAAGAGCAUAAAUCAUCCUCUCAAUUGGUUCACAUGGCAGUUCUUAUUUCCCACAAAUUAUUUUCUACUCUCUCUGUUCCUACCUACCAGAUAGGCAAUACCCUUGCCCCUAAGCAAAGGCCAAACAAUUCCCACAUUUCCUACUACCCUUAUUAAAGAAAGGGAAGAGGCAUUUCUAGGAUAAUAGGAUUCAGAAAAUUUGAGCAUCCAAUGAUUGUACCAUACUAAAUUCAUCCUAGAAUAGAAUGAUUAAUCUCAAGCAGUUCAUCAGUAGAAAUGAAUCAAGUGAAGUAAAAUUAUGAUGACUAU